AUGCCAUCCAUCGACCAGCAGCCCAUCGCCAUCGACUACACCAAGUACUUCAGCCAUGAGUCUCAGAACAGGCAGAGGUCCCAGCUCAAGGAGCUCAGGCCGUACUUUGAGAUACCUGGCAUGAUUAGCUUUGGUGGGGGUAUUCCUAACCCUUCUACGUGGCCUGUUAACGGUAUGACCCUCUCGGUGCCGUUCGCCAACAAGUCCGUCUUUGUCCCAGGUUACAACACUCGCUCUCCUGAGGGAAUGCUCCCCGCUGCUCCCUACACCGAGCCUCUCAAAACAGAGCCUCUCCGCCCCGACCUCGUCGGAGAGCUGCAAUACGGCUCUACGUAUGGCCCUAAGCACUUGCUCGAAUGGAUCAAGGGACAUAUCGAGAGACUCCACGCGCCCCCUUACGCUGAUUGGGACAAUCUGUGUACCGCGGGGAACACAGAUGGAGCGGAUGCUGUUAUGAGGUCUAUCUUCAACAAGGGUGAUUAUGUGCUGGUUGAGGAGUUCGCUUACCCGGGUCUUCUGAGCCCUGCUGCUACUAUCGGCCUCAAGACGCUCGGUGUUCCUUUGGACAGGGAAGGCGUUAAUGCCACUGCUCUUGACGAGAUGAUGUCGACUUGGGACGAAAGCAGAGGUCCGAGGCCCAAGAUGCUCAUCCUUGUACCAACUUGUUCCAACCCCUGUGGAAGUACCAUUCCUGUACACCGCAAGCGCGAAAUCUACGCCGUGUGUCGAAAAUGGGACUUGCUCAUCUGCGAAGAUGAUCCUUACUGCUUUCUUCAAAUCCGACCGAACGGCGCCGACAGCCCCAUUGUCCCCAGUUUCCUCUCUCUCGACACUGACGGCCGAGUCAUCCGUAUCGAUAGUUUCUCAAAGAUUGUCGCGCCGGGCAGUAGGCUGGGGUUUAUCACCGCCCACAAGAUGCUGUUGGAGAAGAUCAUGAAUUCCCGUGAAAGCGCUACUCAAUGUCCAUCGGGAUUCUCUGUUGCUGCUAUCUCGGCUAUCUUGAGGGCUUGGGGCGGACAUGAAGGGUUUGAGCGAGAGUAUCUGCCUCACAUUUCGCAAAUCUACUCCAAACGAUGCCUCACCCUCCUCGCCCUCCUUGAAAAGUAUGCUCCAGAUAGAACGAUCGAGCUCCCUGCCCCAUCUGGCGGUAUGUUCCUUUGGGUCCGCCUCAAGAUCGAGAACCACCCCGCAUUCACAUCCUCUUCCUCCCUCGCCCCAGAGGAAAUCUCAAAGCAGAUCUUCCAAUCAUUUAUUUCUGAGAAAGUAUUGAUGGCGCCGUCGCACUUUUUCAAGGCGCCGUCCGACAAGGUAUGGACGAGGGAGGAAGAGGCGGAGAAAAUCUUUGUGAGGUUGAGCUUCUCGUGUCCGGAAGAUGAGGAGAUGGAGGAGGGGGUGAAGAGGAUGGUAAGGGCUUUAAAGAAGGAGUGGGCGCUCCGAGAUGAGUAA